GGUCUAAAACGGUGCUGGACGGAUAGGAAAAGAUAUUUUGUUUUUUCCAAUCCUAAAAACCCAAUAUUGGUAAGAUAUUGCAUCAGUUUCCCAAGAACAUCAGUUAAAAACUCCAUUACUGGAAACCCAGAAUCUGCAUCUUGAACAUUUUUUCCAUAACACAAGGAAUUGAGACAAGUACCAAUUACUUUUGGUAUGCAUCUACGCCCCCUUUUUCUCUAAUUUCAAUCUUUUAACAGGAAAUUCUCAAAAUUUGGAGCGAAUUCAUCAAUUCUGUUAGUUUGAGUAUCAUUUUCAUGUGAAGAUAGAAUUUUUGUUAAGGAAUUCGUGGAAUUGGGUUUCAUCUCCUGGUGUCAAUUUAAAAAUACCCCCUUUGCAAUUCUUGUAAUUGUGAACUGAAAAGGCUGAAGAAUCACAGAAAGAAGCGAAUUCAGACUUCAGAGAUAUGAAUGGAUUAAGGAAUCUGUUGAAAUACAAGAGCAUUGUGAAAGAAGCAUUUGAUAAGACAUUUCUAGCUGGAAAACUGUUUUGCGUUCUUCAUGUUACUAACACCUACAUCUGCAGUCCUCUUCUUGGACAUGGUCCUAGUAUGCUUCCAACUCUGAAGCUAACAGGUGAUUGGAUUUUGUCAGAAAAGAUAUCGAUUCGCUUAGGGAAGGUGCGUAAUGGAGAUAUGGUGACUGCACGCUCACCUGAGAAUCCAAAAAAGAUUGUUGUUAAGCGAAUUAUGGGUAUGGAAGGAGAUACUGUUACUUACAUUGUCGACCCCAAGAAUUCGGAGAAAUGUCGAACUAUUACGGUGCCGAAAGGACAUGUUUGGAUCCAGGGAGAUAACAUAUAUUCCUCAAAUGAUUCACGCCAUUUUGGUUCUAUUCCGUAUAGUCUUGUUGAAGGCAAGGUGUUUUUCAGGGUUGUUUUAAACUGAAAUCCUUUGUAAGUUGUAAUAUCAGCACAAUUGCACAGAAGUGUUGCAAUUUCAUGGACAUCACAACAGUGCCUCUUCAUUAUAUCCUCAUCAUCACAUAACACCACCAAAACAAUCAGCGUCGUUUUGAACUUACACUUCCUCCAUGAGUGAACCAAUUUCACCAACCUUAUCAUCGCAGCAUCCAUCAUUGUCUCAACUUCUGAACAUUGUUAGUCUUGUUGCCAAAUUCUCUCUAAACACUGUAACAAAUUCAUCAAUCUACUUUCAAAAUCCUGUCAACCAACAACCCAACCGUCUCUCACUAACACAUGCUCCAAUGUUUUUGCCAAAUUGAUGUCAUAAUUAACUUGGCUUUGCUAUAAUUGGAAUUUGGAAGUGAUUUUGCUAUUUUCUAGCUCCCAAGCGUUUUCGUCACUAAUAUUGUUUUGGGAGUGAAAGUUCACUUUUGUUAGAUGCUGUUUUUGUAGAUUUGGCCAGUCGAUGGCUUUGGAUCACUAGGACAAGAAGUCUAGUAUUGAUCUGAUAGGAAAGGUGAUUUCCUAACUGUAACAAUUUUACAUUCUUUUCUCAGUGCACUCUCUUUUUCACUUGUUCUUAUUGUAUGGGCUCUCCUUCGGGGGAGAUUAAAGUACAUAGUCUACAUUUAUGUAUGUAAAUUGUGUAUCUCUUA